GGCGUGAAGAGAAGCGCGGCCGCCGUGAUGGAGCUGUGGAGGGCGCUCCAGGUCUGCCGCUUCCACCGGCACCUGCUCCAGCGCAAGAGGAGCCCCUGGCUGGUCCCUCCACUCUGCCGAUGGCACACCGAGGCCCAGUCGGCCAGGUAGUAGUAGCUGGGCUGGAUUCAGGCCGACUUAGGGCCGCGCGAGGCUUCCUCCUCCUCCUGGCCUGUGGAGCCUGUGGGGUUGAUUGGUUGGUUCGGGUCCUUGGGGCUGCUCCAGGCAAUCCUCGGCUUACAGCGGUUCAUUUAGUGACCGUUCAGAGUUACAACGGCGCUGAAAAAAAGGGGACUCAACGUUACGGCCUUUGCAACAUCCCCAGCGUCCCGUGAUCAAAAUUCAGCUGCUCGGCCACUGACUCGUACUUACGACCGUUGCCGUGUCCCAUAAGCUCUACUGGACAGAGGGGGCUGCUGAAGAGGACCUUUCUGGGGACAGCGGUGGCCCUUCCCCUAGCCACGGGCAUCUACUACGCCUUGGCCGAGAAGCAGGACCGGAGAAAGAUGCGGUUGGUGGCUGGCAGCGUGGUGCGCUUUGUCAGGUCCCUGCGGCUGGGAGUCCAAAUCUCCUUGGAUUACUGGUGGACGAACUACGUCAUCUUGAGAGGCCUGGAUGAGAACAGCCCGGAGUACGUGGCCACCGUGUCCAGGUGUCACCAGCGCUCGGCCGAGAGCAUCGUCUUCGGGGCCAUUCAAAACGGGGGCCUCUACAUCAAGCUGGGCCAAGGCCUGUGUUCCUUCCCCCACAUCCUCCCCCAGGAGUACAUCAACACGCUGCGCACCUUGGAGGACCGGGCGCUCAGGCGGGGAUACACGGAGGUGGACGACCUCUUUCUGGAGGAUUUCAGCGCCAAAGCGGACCAGCUCUUCCUGGAGUUUGACUACCAGCCCAUCGCGGCUGCCAGCUUGGCCCAGGUGCACCGGGCACGGCUUCACGACGGCACCCCGGUGGCCGUGAAGGUGCAGUACAUCGACCUGAGAGACCGUUUUGACGGGGACAUCCGCACCCUGGAGUUCCUGCUGUGGAUCGUGGAGCUGAUACACCCCAGUUUUGGCUUCGGCUGGGUCUUGCAGGACCUGAAGGGGACCCUGGCCCAAGAGCUGGACUUUGAGAUCGAAGGUCGCAACGGCGAACGUUGUGCCCAGGAGCUGAAGCACUUCCAUUUUGUGGUGGUUCCUCGCGUUCACCGGGACAAAAGCAGCAAGCGGGUCCUGACUGCCGAUUUCUACGAAGCCUGCAAAAUUAACGACCUGGAGGGGCUCCUGAGGCAGGGCUUGAGCCCCAAGGACGCAGCGGAGAAGCUGAUCAAGGUGUUUGCCGAGCAGAUCUUCUUCACCGGAUUCAUCCAUGCAGACCCUCACCCCGGAAACGUGUUGGUGCAGAAGGGCCCAGACGGCAAAGCGCAGCUGGUUCUCCUGGAUCACGGCCUGUACGAGGUCCUUCGUGAGAAGGAACGAGGAGCUUUGUGCAAGCUCUGGCGCGCUCUCAUCCUGCGGGACGACUGCUCCAUGCGACUCUACUCCCAGCAACUGGGCGUCAAAGCCCAGGAUUACUUCCUCUUCUGCGAGAUGCUGCUCCAGCGGCCCAUCAACAUGGCGGAGCUGGCCAUGUCCAACGUCCUGAACCCAGCGGAGAGCGCCUACAUGCGCGACAUGGCUAAGCACCACUUCGACUGCAUCAUGCGGGUGCUGAGGGACCUGCCCCGCUCCAUGCUGCUCGUCUUCCGGAACAUCAACACCGUGCGGAGCAUCAACCUGGCCCUGGGGGCGCCCGUGGAUCGCUACUACCUCAUGGCCAGAAGCGCGGUGAAAUGCUGGAGCCGCACGGUCAGCCAGAAGUCCGGCGUCCUGUCCAGCUUCUUCCUUGUCCGGUGGGUCCGUGCUUUUUGGGACAGCCUUGUGUUCGAGUUCACUCUCAGGAUCCAGGUCACCUCCAUGAAGCUAACCAGGUCCUUGCUGCAACUCCUGGUUUACGUCGGCUUCUUGAAGACCAGCGAUGAGCAAGCGGAACUCUAUGACCUACUCCAGGCCUGAUCCUGGAAAAGCCCGGAAAAUGCCCGGGUGCCCAGCUGGGCAAGCACAGGGCGGCCUUGCCCCACCGACAAGGAACCAAUACUUGGCUCUGCACGGCGAAGCGGGGGGACAUUUGAGGAAGCCCCCCCCCUCUUCCUGGAGCAGAGCCUGACUGGAGGGUUUUUUUUUUUUAAUUAGUUCAGAAACUUGAAUAAGGGGCAACUCGCCAUAUUUAACUUAAAAGAACCAGCCAGAAACCGUCCUGCUGUUUAAGUAGCUGGGGGGUGGGGUGGGUUGUCUCUUUUCUUUCCAAAUCCAUGGAGAAGGGGGGGUGUUGUUUCUCUGGAGCCCACUCCUCGUUUUGUUCUGGGGUCUUCCAACGUGGCCCUUGGAUGACUUGUGGACUUCAACUCCCAGAAUCCCUCAGUCAGGCACGUGUUUGAAGACCCCUGCAUAAGAACCUGCCCCCCCCAAAAGGAGCCCAGAAUUCAGUGCCUGGCUGAGGAAUUCUGGGAGUUGAAGUCCACAAGUCAUCCAAGGGCCAAGUUGGAAGACCCCUGCUGUAGGGGAUGGCGAGAGGCAGCGGUUGGGCUAAAGGUGGGAUCCUUGGGACGCUCGGAAGGGCCCCAGGCCGAUGCAUGGGGAGCAAGGGGUGCAAUAAUCGGAGCGGAGGGGUGGGUGUUGGGGGAUCAACCAUGUGCCCCCCCCCCACAGCUAUCCGGAGUGGUAACGCUGGCUCAACUGUGGACCUAGCUAGGCUCCUGAGUCCCACCGGACGAGGAAGGUUUCCUGUUGUAGCUGCAUUAAAAAAGCUUAAAAGUU